GUUAGGUAACGUGAAUUGAAGGCCGUUCUCUGCUUGGAGUAAAAGCAAGCAAGCACUGUUUGCUGACAUCCGGAGACUUACGCGUUUUCUCCUCUACUCCCAGCCUUCGUUCCUCCCUCUUUCGCUCUCCUUCUCUUCCUCAUACUCGCUCGAAGCUCUUGACUCCGUCAUAUACUGCUGUUCCCUCAAAGCAGGGAAUAAGGACGGGGCAGAGGCAGUAUUGGAUUGAUUUGCCCGCGGUGCACAACGUCAACAGUCCUCACCUGGAUGUGUGUUUGACUUGAAGGUUAAAGAGAGGUUGCUAUGCCAACAGAGCUUGGCUCUGAGUCACAGGUGAAGAAGGCAGCCGAAGAGUCCUCCUGGCAGAAGGGGUCAGCAACAGGCAUGCAGGACUCGGCUUUAGACGCAAAGAUGGCCAAACAGGACCAGGACUCCAAACUGAUCGACGACCACAGGGAAAUAGACGACGUGUCAGAAAAGACCACCCCAAGCAAGACCCCCAAGUCCCCCCAGAAGACUUCCAAACGGCCAAAGACUGUUCCCUUCAAGGUCACCCUACUGGACACCUCUGACUAUGAGGCAGGGAUUGAGAAGCACUGCAAAGGACAGGCCUUGCUGGACAUGGUGUGUGAGCACCUCAACCUGCUGGAGAAGGACUACUUUGGCCUAAUGUACAGUGAUGCAGAAAGCCAAAAGAAUUGGUUGGACCCCUCCAAGGAGAUCAAGAAGCAGAUGCGCACUGCUCCCUGGCACUUUGCCUUCUCUGUCAAGUUCUACCCUCCAGACCCCUCCCAGUUGACAGAGGACAUCACCAGGUACUACCUGUGUCUUCAGCUGAGAGAUGACAUGUUGUCAGGCCGUCUGCCCUGCUCCUUCGUGACCCAUGCCCUGCUGGGUUCCUACGCCGUGCAGGCCGAGCUGGGAGACUAUGACACCGAUGACCACGGUCCCGACUACGUCAGCGACUUCCGCUUCGCUCCCAAUCAGACGCGAGAGCUGGAGGAGAGGGUCAUGGAGCUCCAUCGUAACUACAGGGGUAUGACGCCAGCUGAUGCAGAAAUCAACUUCCUAGAAAAUGCUAAGAAGCUAUCCAUGUAUGGGGUGGAUCUCCAUCAUGCCAAGGAUUCAGAAGGGAUUGACAUCAUGCUGGGCGUAUGUGCCAACGGCCUCCUGAUAUACCGCGACCGCCUGAGGAUCAACCGCUUCGCCUGGCCAAAGAUUCUUAAGAUAUCCUACAAGAGGAGUAACUUCUAUAUCAAGAUCCGGCCCGGAGAGUACGAGCAGUUUGAGAGCACUAUUGGCUUCAAGCUUCCAAACCACCGGGCGGCUAAGAGACUGUGGAAGGUCUGCAUCGAGCACCACACCUUCUUCAGGUUAGUGUCUCCAGAGCCUCCUCCUAAGGGCUUCUUGGUGAUGGGCUCUAAGUUUCGAUACAGUGGGCGAACCCAGGCCCAGACACGGCAGGCCAGCGCUCUCAUAGACCGGCCCGCGCCACACUUUGAGCGCUCCACCAGCAAGAGGUACCUGCUGUCCCGCAGUCUGGACGGAGCAGAGUUCUCCCGGCCAGUGUCGGCCAUGUGUGAAAACCAGGAUGGUCUGUCCCAGCACAGUGGCAGUGAACACCCCCACCUCCACAGCCCCUCUGGGGACGAACAGGAGACAGAACUGGAACCACCCAGUUUGGAGCAGGACCAAGAGGAGGAUCAGGAUGAGGAACAGGAUCUAGAGGAAUACCACGACCAAGAGGAGGAUGAGGAUGGUGUCCCCACCCCCAGCAAGAAGAAGGAGAUCAAGGAGGAUGCUGGGUCCCCACUUGACAAUAUACAGGAGUUGGACCAGGAGACAACCCAUCGACACAAGGAGUUUUUGGAUAAGUCAGAGGAUGUCUUACUGAAGCACCAGGCCAGUAUCAAUGAGCUGAAGAGAGCCCUGAGGGAGCCCAACAGCAAGCUGAUGAACCGUGAGAAGCGUCUGUCAGGGACUUCACCUGGCGGAACACCCGAGAAGAAGGCUGUGGUGGGCAAGGAACUAGUAAACAGCUUCUCUGUAGAGGGCUUCGUCCAGAAGACUGUGGUGACUUCCCCAGAGGGCUCUGAGGAGUGGGUAUUGAUUGAGAAACAAAAUACUCACCAACACGACUAUAACUGGAAGGCAGAAGAACAGAACGAAGCUUCUACCUCGCCUCCCCCAUUAUUCCCUGAUUCCUCUUGGGAAAGAAAGAAAGAAUUGGAAAAAGACAUAGAAGUGGCCAAGAUGAUUCAUAUUGAGGUUACAGGGGAGGAUGGACAAGAAAUGAUAACAGAUAUUGAUAACUUUCCAUUGUCCAAAGCCACAAGGGAAGCCCAGGAUGAAUGUUCUGAACCGCGGUUGACUAGCAACAGCCGGUUCGUAGUGGAAUUAGCUGAAACCACAGAAUCUUCUGAAGAGGAUUCACAGUGGAAAGUACCUCCAGCAGAACACUCUGGUGCAAAGAAUGACAUAUUCCCAGUGUCAGACCCAGUCUCAACCCAAGCCCCAGCCCCAGCCCCAGCCCCAGCCCCAGCCCCAGCCCCAGCCCCAGCCCCAGCCCCAGCCCCAGCCCCAGUCCCAUUCCGAGACUCUAAGAAGGAUCAUCAACCCAACAGACACAGAAAAAAGAAGAGACCUAAUAGUUUAAACCUGGGAUUGUCAACAGAAUUCAUCUAUGAGAAAGAGGGCGAUGUCUCAAAUGCUGAAGAAGACAACGGGGGAUCAGACUGGGAGGAUAGUACAACAGAGAAGACAAAGGUGGGACAAAUAGAUCACCCUGUGUCCAGAGAGGAGCCAGACGACCAGUGUUGGGUGACGAGUCCACUGAUGAAAGAUGAUGAGAGAUCACCAGAGGCAAAAUGGAAGGAGACAGUGGUGUCUGCAUAUGAAGAUAAGAAAAAGGAGCACAAUACUUCAAUAGGAGAAGACAAGGCGACUCAGGGAAGUGUUGUGGAUUAUCCUGCAGUGUGUGAUGGAAGAGACCAGGUUAAGCACUUCAUCACUGAGGUCCAGUCAGCAGACGAAGGGCUGGGCUCUGUCAAUGGUCCUGGGAAAACAGAAUGUGAUAGUUUAGCAGAACAGGUUAGAGAACCGGUUAAAGGGUUUCAUCUCACAGAGAGGUGCAUGACUGACAAUAGAGAACACAUAGAAGAGGUCAAGUUGAGGGAGGUCAAGACACACAAGAGACAAGCCAGUAACUCUGGGGGGGAGGAAGUGGAAUGCCUCACAUCAGAGGUCAGGGGUCAGAGAAGGUCUUUACAGAGACUAUCAGGCAGCAGUCAGUCAGAAAUCACCAGGAUCGUUCCGCUCAAACCUGAAAGAUCAAAGAGCUUAGCAUGCAAAGAUGAGCAGGACAGAGAGAGUCAGGAGUCAGAGUCUGAGCUGAGUGGUGUUUUUAGAAGAGAGUACAGAUGGUCAGGGGGUUCAUCAGAGGGACCUUCAGAAAUCAACUGGAACAACGAGUCAACCUUCUAUCAAACACCCACCCUGCCUACGUCAUUCAUCUCAACCGACGUUAGUCCAGCAAGACGGACCCACUCCCCGACUACCACACAUAGAGACGCCCCACAGGAACAGGGCAGCUUCUGGGGUCUAGAAGGCUUGGCAAGAGUUGAGGCUAAAACUGAAGAGCUGGUUCAGCAACAGAGCAGCGCUGACCGUGAUGAUCACUUUCAGACGUCAUUCAUCUCAACCAAUGCUAGUCCAGCAAGACGGACCCACUCCCCGACUACCACACACAGAGACGCCCCACAGGAACAGGGCAGCUUCUGGGGUCUGGAAGGCUUGUCAAGAGUCGAGGCUAAAACUGAAGAGCUGGUUCAUCAACAGAGCAGUGCUGCCUGUGAUGAUCCCUUUCAGGCUGCUAGAGAAGCCAUAGAGAGUCAUCAGUUUCUCAGCUUCAAGGUUUCAGCCUCAGCGCUCCCCAGGACAGCUCCUCCUGCCCCUCCAGUUAAAACACAGAAGGCCAGAGAGUCUGGACUCAUACUCCGGAACAUCAACCGCAAUGUUAGCAGGGAGCCUGGCCUGGACGCAACCAAGAAGAGACACUCGGAGCCACUCUCCACUCCUGUCAUCUAUGAAGAUACAGUAGAUGAUGCCAAGAGGGAACCCUGGGAGAGGAGGCCUCAGCCGGGCUCCGCCUCGGAGGACCACGAGCGUGACACUGUGGUCUGCAUGAAAGAGACCCACCUGGGCAUCGAGAGGAAGUGCUCCAGCAUGAUGGUCAGCUCCACGUCCAGCCUGGAGGCUGAGGUGGACUUCACCGUCAUCAUGGACCUCCAUACGGGCGUGGAGGAGUUCUCCAAGAGCAUGUCUAAGCUGGGGGAGCUGCUGCCCGAGGUGGGCCAGGACGACUUUGAGGAGACCUCCAGGUUCUAUUCAGCCCGUCUCAUGGUCUCCCAUGACAUGUCCCCUGUAGAGGAGAUGCCUCCUGUGCACAAUGAGCCCCCAGUAGCCAGGAAAGACCCUAGUGCUGUUAGCGCUGCCCAGAUGCUGAGGGAGGCCGACGCCAAGAUGGAGACACACACCAAUGGGUCAGAGGUCACCAGCACCAACAUCAUGGACAUGUCAGAGCAGCAAAUGGAGACUGACGUCAACUGUAAUGAAUCUAAAGUCUCCAGCAGCACUGACGUGGCUCAGCCACCAGAGGGAGUCCUGAACCAGGGAGUUGGCAGUAGGAAGGAGGCUCCUCUCCCUAGUAAAGAAAAUUGCUCCCCUGUGAAGGCAGGCACCCUGGGGAGAGAGGCUGUAGAGUCCCCCCUGAAUGUUACCACUGACAACAUCACAACUCAAGUUACCAAGACAGUGAAAGGUGGCUACUCCGAGACCAGGAUUGAAAAAAGGAUCAUCAUCACAGGAGAUGAUGACGUGGACCAACAUCAGGCCCUUGCGAUGGCGAUACAGGAGGCCAAGCAGCAACACCCUGACAUGCUAGUGACAAAAGCAGUGGUUGUCAGGGAAACAGAGUCUCCCACUGAGGAGCAACAUAGGACAUCUGAGUCCUGAUCGCUCAUAGUGGUUCCUGGGAGUGGGGACAGGAAAUUACUUGUUCCUCCCGUCUUCUCCAUGACCCUCCCCACGCCAACGCCGCAAGAGGGCUACAGCAACCUGCCCACAAUGUAUACUACAAUACAACAGACCGACCGCGCUCCCAGAAACAAUCCCUGUCUCCUCUACAACACAAUAUGCCUCCUCUCCUGUCCCUUUAACCAAAACCGACUGUGACGCCGCCUCUGACCCACGCUCAACCCCCCACCCCCACCCAACCCCUCUUCCUCUGGGAAAUUCCCUUUCCCUGGGAUUUUUAGAACAUGACCGUUCUCACAAAUCUGAGAAAUAGACUACAGUGUUUAUAUCUCCCCAAGAGGUCUGACUUGGAAAGAAUAGGGCAGGAAUAGGGCUAAUAUGUGUUGCCUCAUGUUUAGCCAUGGGAUCUGUGAGAGAUCAAUAUGGUGGUUCUGGUGUUCUACACCCCCAGACAGACUGUACGUGUACAAACAUAAUGACAUGUUAACGGUUCAUCACCCUUGAUCAGUGUAGUUCAAUUAAAUGAUUAGUGAUGAGGAUGUAAUCCAUCUUGAGUUAAAUCAGAUCAACCUUCCCCCAGAACACAUUGACUUACCUGUAACUACUGGUCAUUUAUUCGCUAGGAAGUCAAUAAUAGUCCAACCUUCAAAAUUGCUCUCAGAAAUUGUCACCAUGGCGAUGCCUGCUCAGUGCUGACAUCAUGCAUGUAGCAUGGGGAUCGGGAAUGGAGUGUGAGGACAGGGGGUUGGGGGAGGGCUGCUCUGCAGGGGCCAGUGGGGAUGGUAGCCUUCAACGCUUGUUGUCACCAGUGUGACACAUAUAUAAAACAGCUGUCUUACUAGCUUUUUAAACAUUUGUAACAAUAGAAGAAUCCAAUUUAAAGUCCAGUGUUUGCUUGUUUAAGAAAUAAAUAAAAUAAAUGUAUCGAUUAGCUUCUCAUACUCACAUGCAUGGUUCUACAUAGUUGAGGUAAUGAACGAUACGAUACCGACCUGUCUAGGAACAGACGUCCACAGGAAGUGGUCAAGAUGGCAGAACAUUCAGACAAAUCUAUAUCUGAAAGAUCCUGUGGAAUAUACUUCUGCGGCGUGUAGACACUGCAUGUCAACCAAAGCUGAUGGGACUAUACCGAUAGGAGAGUCAACUGACGGAAUACGUGGACAGACACUUCUACAACAUCGAGAGACUAUGAGUUGGGACUCCGCUUAGCAUUCAGGGUAUACUACUUCUAUAGGCGCUGACUGUCGUUCUCUGGCUAACAACAAACAGAAUCCCCCCCCACUCUCCUCAUCAUGUUCUCCUUCCUUCAUCCUGCUGUUAUAAUUUCAGUCUAAAACGCUGGUCAUGUAUGGCAAAAGUCAAAUCACACCCUAUUCACCAUGUAGUGCACUACUUUAGCCAAAAUUAGUACACUCUACUGGGAAAAGGUUGUCAUUUGAGACAAAAGCCAUAGUAGGACUCUUGAAGCAAAAUGAGCGCUUUUCAUUUAAAGUUUCAAAUGAUUUUAUGAAAUGUGAGGAUAUGUUUAAAAAAAGCUCUUACUUGAGUUGUCUUUGUCAUGUUGUAUGAGUUCUACGUUUGUAUUUAUAAGAAUGGUGGUGAAUGUGGGUUUUUUCCUUCCCUAAAGAGUAUGUGUGUGAUUACUUUUUUUGUACCCUCACAGACAAAGCCUGGAUUCUUAAAGUGACAAGUUUAAACCCAAACUCCAUCCUCUUAGAUAGUUAGACAGGAGAUGAACCAGAACAGUUGGAACCUCUUUUAUGUUCCAGAACAACAAGCAAUGCCUCCAUAAUCCUGCCUGGCUUAACCUUGUAUACACUCUUAGAAAAAAGGGUUCUUCGGCUGUCCCCAUAGGAACACCCUUUUUUGUUCCAGGUUCCAUCCUUUUUGGAUCCUCUUUUGAAAGGGUUCUACAUGGAACCAAAAGUGUUCUUACCUGAAACCAAAAAGGGUUCUUCAAAGGGUUCUUUUAUGGGGACAGCCGAAAAAACACUUUUAGGUUCCAGAUGGCAUCUUUUUUUCUAAGCGUGUACAGGUUCAUGAAUACUCUCUGCAUAAUAUCCUCUUAAGCUAUGCUGAACUGCUGAAUAUACACCAGUCAGUCAGUUUGAGAGAAAAAAAAAACGAUGCUGGAACAAACUGUUGAAUUUACAUACUAUGCAUUGUUCCCUGUGUGGACUAACUAUGAAACAUAACUGAGGAUAACCAGAUUCAUUUUUGGAGCGUCGAUCUGCGCUUAUCAUCUCCGAUGUGAUAUUAAUGAAUUACAGCGGUCAAUUUUUAACUGCUUGUGAGACUUGCAAUAAUUGUCUCUCUGUAGCCACCUGAUGCUAUUGUAAUCCAUUAUCAGUCUACUUAAAGGAGAAAACUGUGAACUGUCUGCAUAUGAAAAGUAUUACCAAAAUGUUCCAAGAUGGAGUUGAAACUAGAAGUUGAGCUCAUCCACACGGAGUCUCCGUGGCUUUGUCACCGUGCUUGUCAAAAGGACUCCACUCUCACUACACCCUGAAGUAACAGAGGGGAUCCCUUGGACGUUGUCUUACCUGCUGUAGAGUUGUCUCUGUGAAACAUACAGUCUCAAAACUUCUUUUGUAUAUUUUAUUUCAUUUUAUCUGGUCAAAUGACACUGGAUUGUUGUUUAGGCACUUGCUUGUGGUGAUAGGCAGCGACGAUCUUGUUAGAAGUGUGUGGUGUCGCUAUAUUGGACACACACCUCUCAAAAUGAUGACUUGCUGUAUAGACAAUAAGAAAGUUGCCCUGUAAAGCUGAUGUGCUGUUUUUUAAGGGUGGGAGUCAUAUUGUAUGCAAAUGAACAUAAAUACUUCUAUGUGUGCAUAUAAUUACAAAUAUACCGGAAGAGUGGGAUGAAGUUGUGCUGAUUUCAUAAUAGAGGAUUAACAAAUGUUCUAUGUUAAGACUGCAGACCACUUGUGCGGUCUAAUACAGUGCACUGGUUAUACUGAUGAUGGGUGCCUUACUGUUGGAUUCACCGCCACUGGAAACCAUGUAAUUGAUUAUUUUGUCUAAAUGUGAUCUACUGACAUUUCAGCCAUCCACUCUCCAUGUAGUGAGGUCUCGACCUCUUCCAGAGCCCUGGAUGACAUCACCUUUACUGUCAAAGGUGUGGGCCGUUUGCAGUCUCUUUACCUGCUCAUUAAUGUCCCAUAUAAGGAUUGGGCAAUACUAUUGAUAAGCUAUGAUACUCGUUCAGUGGUAGGAAUAAUAAGAAUUGGAACUAAAAUCCAUUGAAGAGCAGAAAGAUUACAAACACAAGGCCUAAUAGGACAGAACUACUAUGAGUAGCUGAUCCCUUAGACUCGCGUGAAGCACUAUCCGUUCCACUCUUCCUCUUCCAUCCUUCAAUUCACCUCAACCUUUUGCUCUUCAUUCCCCAAGUGUGUGGUGGUGUGUGUUUGCUGUAUUUGCAUUGAAUUUAAAUGGAAAACAUACAUAAAUAAAUGUCUCAUUGCGAUUCA